AUGGAUCCAAUCACGAGGCCAGUAGCUUCAUCGUUUCAUCGGUCAGCCGCGAAGCAUCUCCAUCAGGCCGUCGUCACCUCGGCUCAGAGGAAUGGAGUUAGCAGGAGGUGCCUUCUGACGCUGCUGACUUCCACGGCAGCCAUACCAGGCGGAAGUGAAUCCAGGAAGGCUCUACUGCAAGAGUAUCUGAAGAAAUCAGAGGAGAACAAAGAGAAGAAUGACAAGGAGAGGCUGGAUGACUACUACAAGAGGAACUACAAGGACUACUUCGGGCUCAUCGAGGGCCCGGCCAGAGAGAAGAAAGAAGAGGAGCGUACGGAGUCAGAGAAACGGAUCCUCGAGUGGCUUGACAAGAACAAGUAG